AAAGGUCUUUGUUGCCUCGUUGAGACAUUAGUUUGAGACAUUCAUUUAACCACUUCAAGUUGCUGUCAGCAACUAGAUUCGUGGAUUUACAUAAUAACAUAUUUUAAGAAUGUCGAAACUAUCCAUAGCUGCCUUUUUGGUGGCAUUUCUGAGCAUCAAUGUGCUUGCUGCUCCAUUUGAGGAGCUCAUGGAAAUAGACGGCAGAGCGGAUGUUGAGAACUAUCGUCUACCGACUGAAAUACUCCCAUGGAAUUACGAUCUCAAGCUUGCACCUUAUCUGCAAGAUAGCGACGGUGUUAAACAAUUCACAUUCGACGGUGAGGUCACAAUUGAGAUCAAUUCAACCAUCAAUACAAACACACUGAUAUUGCAUUCGAAAAAUCUAAAUUACACAACCAGCGAAUAUUGGGCGGCAGAUGCGCCAACAAAUAGGACUGCUUUGGGCGCAGGCACCUUGAAUAGUGUCACUGACAAAUUGCAGUUCAAUUUGAGCACACCUUUGGAGGCUGGCAAAACUUAUUAUUUACACUUUAUCUAUAUUGGCACAAUGGAUGAUGAUAUGCAUGGCUUCUACCGUAGCUACUACUUGGAUGCCGACAAUAAUACGCAAUGGAUCGGCUCUACACAAUUCCAAACGCACCAUGCCCGACGUGCUUUUCCCUCAUUUGACGAGCCAAAAUUUAAAGCUACCUUCAAGGUCACAAUUAGGCGCCAUAGAGAUUUCAAAUCUUUCGCAAAUACAAACAUUGCGCAAACAACUGUUGAUGGAGAAUAUCAGGAAGACGUAUACCAGCCAACACCACGUAUGUCCACCUAUAUCCUCGCCUUUCUUGUAUCCAAAUUUGAACGGCGUAAUGACACUAAUUUCGGUGUAAUUGCGCGUCCAGAAUAUUACAAUCAGACUGAAUACAGUUUCGAUGUUGGAAGAAAAAUUCUCUCGGCUUUGGACAACUACUUCGGCAUAAAUUAUUACGAAAUGGGCAAUGAUAAAAUGGAUAUGGCUGCCAUACCCGAUUUCUCAGCAGGUGCUAUGGAAAAUUGGGGUCUAUUGACUUAUCGUGAACGUGCUUUACUUUAUGACCAAAGCUCGACGACACUUAGUGCGAAGCAAUCCAUUGCCGGUGUUGUGGCACACGAGCAGACCCAUAUGUGGUUCGGUGAUUUGGUGACCUGCGAUUGGUGGAGUUACACGUGGUUGAAUGAGGGUUUCGCACGCUAUUUCCAGUACUUUGGUACAGCUAUGGUUGAAACCGAUAUGGGCUUGGACCAACAGUUCAUAGUCGAUCAAGUGCAAUCAGUGAUGAAUAUGGACUCCACUAACAGUACUAAUCCGAUGAGUGAUCCCGAUACAAACACUCCAUCUGAUUUGUCACGCAUGUUCAACAGUAUUUCAUAUAACAAAGGCGCCAGUGUCAUUCGCAUGGUUAGGCAUGCAAUUGGAGAGGAAAAUUUCAAAAAUUCAUUAAAUGCUUAUUUGAAGAAACAUGCAUACACGAACACCGUUCCCGAGAAUCUUCUGGAAAUUUGGCUUAGCUAUUGGCCGAAUAGCACAGUUCAGUAUGCCGAGGCGGUAUUUAGAAGUUUUACCGAACAAGUCGGCUAUCCGGUCAUAACAGUCACAGUUUCCGAUAACAAACAGUCUUUCAGCGUUAAACAAGAACGUUUCUUAUUAAAGGAUCAGAACACAUCCAACACUGAAUUGUUAUACACCGUUCCAAUAUCAUACACAACCAGCGAUAGGAAAGACUUUUCAGAUACAACACCUAAAUUUUAUUUGGAAGCAUCAACAGCGACGGUAUCAAAAGACCUCAAUACUUCAAUCGAUUGGAUUAUUUUGAAUGUACAGGAAUCUGGUUAUUAUCGCGUCAACUACGAUGAAAAAACUUGGACUGCUAUUCAUUCGUCUCUACACUCAAAUAAUUGGGGUGAUAUACACGAACUGAAUCGUGCUCAAAUUGUCGACGAUCUCCUCAAUUUCGCUCGUGCUGGUAUUUUGUCAUACGAGAAAGCACUCGAGGUGCUCGAAUAUUUGGAGAGCGAAACAAAUUACCUGCCGUGGUCAUCAGCCUUCACUGGUUACACGUAUAUAAAUAUUCGACUUGGUAAUGACACCGAACAAUUUGCUAAUUACAUUCAGGAACUAACCAAAACUGUUUACGAAAAACUCGGUUUUGAUGAAAGCUCCAACGAUACUGCUUUGGACAUCUAUAAUCGUGCCAAAGUUUUGUCUUGGGCCUGUAAAUUUGGUAAAACAGAGUGCAUAAGCAAGGUCAAAGAAUAUUUCGCAAAUAUCAACACUACACCAGUGCCAGUUAAUAUUCGUUCAGUGGUCUACUGUAAUGCCUUACGUUAUGGCAAUGAAAGUGAUUACGAUCUGUUAUUCAACAAAUUUAACACAAGUACAUCUUCGACUGAACAAACCCUCAUCCUUAGUAUAUUGGGUUGUGUUAAAAAUGAAACACUCGUUGAAAAAUAUUUCAAUGCUAUUCUGAGCGACGAUAUUCGGCGACAAGAUAAGUCGAGUGCGCUUAGCUCACUUUACACUGAAAACAAUGAAAAUGUCGCUGUGGUGUUCAAAUUGGUUACCGAGAAUGUGGAUCAACUCAUUGAUGCUUUGGGCAGCUCAUCUUCUGUCGCUACUGUCAUCUCCAACAUUGCCGCGCGUUUCACAACCGCAAGCGAACAGCAAAGCCUGAGGCAAUUCAAUGAGCAGAAUAGUAGCAAGUUUGGUAGUUCCGCAUCCACACUACUGGCUGCCGAAAAGGCGGUUGAAGAGAAUCUUGCAUGGGCCUCCAGCAGAUUGGAGAGCUUUACGAGCUACUUGAGCAAUCGUAAGCAUAGUGGUGCCGCUACUAACACUGUCGCCGUACUAACCGUAAUUUUGUGUGCGAUCGUUAGUCGUUUCCUGCAGUAAAUAUUUUCCUCUCAAUUCCCGCUAUCCUUCAUACGUAGACAUGCUUUUGUAUGCUUGGCACAUACACUUGUUUUUGUAGAUAUGUACGAUAGCUUUAAAAUAUCUGUAAAUAAAAAUUUAACUGAAAAGAGUAUUUAUAAGAACUAAAUUAAAUUAGACGUGUAAAGUGCCAAUAACCUUGAGAAAGAAACGAAUAAAAUCAAUAAUAUUAUGUACAAUUAA